CUACUGCACUGUAAAAAAUUCUGGUGUAUUAAAACAUACUGAAUGUAAUUUUACACAGCAAUAUUAUAGGCUGGACGUAGUAAAUUUACUAAGUUUCAAAGUAGUUUUACUAUUUUUAAUAAUUUUACUUUAUAUGACUAUGUAAUUUAAUAGUUUUGUGUAAAUUUACUACGUCCGACGUAGGAAAAUUUGAUCACUAUGUCCAGCAUGUUGUAUUACACUCGUCUGUUUUUUUACUUUAUUCUGUGAAUUUACAAUGGUCAUGUAAAGUUACCACGGAUACGUAAAUUUACGUUGUAUUGCAUGUAAGAUUACAUGCCGCGUGUAUUUUUCCUUUAGCGCGGAGUUAAAUAUAUUAUAUGGAUGCUUGCACAUGCUCAAAAUAAAGUGAACUGCCAACACCGACAUUUUGCCUUUUUUGUGUUUUUAUUAUUAGUAUAUAUAUUUUAGUGUUUUCAAUUAGUAUUAUUUAACAGAUUACGCAUUAGUUAAAUUACAUGCGGCAUGUUUUUGAACAGAACGCUAUUUGAAGCAACCCAUUUUAACAUUGAGCAUGUAAAAUAACAUGCAGGUUAUGUCAAAUGAUCAGCCAUUUGUAAAAUUACACGCUUGACGUAGUGAUUUUCUUUUCCUACGUCGGACGUAGUAAAUUUACAUGAGAAUUUUUUACAGUGUGUCGAAGUAAAUUUGAUAAUUAUACAAAGAAAAAACAUCUUUGUGAAAUUAAUAAAUUCCAGUUUUACAAAUAGUGUAAUUUGUAUAGAUUAUAUAAUGGUUUGCGACAAAUGUGGAAAAAAUUAGACAAAAUAAUAACACCAAAUUCGCAUGGAAAGCAGCAGUUCCAAACACAACUGAAAACAGUGGAUGUAGAAUCGGCGAAAACGUAUAUCGAAAUUCGAAAUUUGCAUUAUUGCCAAUCUUUUGAUUACAAAUGGGAAAUCUGUAUGAUGUGCGACAAAAAAAUUGAUUGACACUAAAUGUUAAAGACAAUCUUCCACUUAACAAUUUGAAAUAAAACUAUUCAAAAUGUAUACUUCGCAGAAGUUUCUACACAAAGAUCUUUAUCUUUUUAUGAUGUCUAGAGGUAAAGAAAUUGUAAGAGAGCUUUUACAAGAAAAUAUUAAAGUUGAUGAUCAAGAUGAGAAUGGUAAAACCGUACUACACUAUGCAGUUCAAUCAGGAAAAUUAAUAGUUGUUGAGGAAGUUUUAAAGUAUCAUCCUGAUAUCAAUAAUAUAGGCAAUAGCAGUUCUCUUAUAACUGCAUUGAAGGGAGAUGGAAAUGAGAAUAGAAAGAUUAUUCAAGUUCUUCUAGAAUAUGGUUUUAGUGUCAAACCCAUAGAUGCAGAAGAUCCUCGGCUUUUAGUUUCUGCAGCUAAAAAUGGAUGUUUUAAGAUUGUCCAAGACUUACUGAAGUAUGAUGUUGAUAUUAACUACAGUGACCGGAUUUGUAACACAGCAUUGCAUUAUAUAACUAUGAACAACGAUUCUGAUGAUAAUAAUAUAAGAGAAGAAAUUGCUUUAAUUCUUAUAAGUAAGGGCGCCAAUGUAAAUUCAAAAGGUUCAGAGCACAGAAUAGCACUUCAUAACGCUUCUGAAAGUGGACUUGCAAAAGUUGUUGAGGUUCUAUUGGAACGUAAUAUAAAUGUCAAUGCUAAGGAUUUUCAUUCAUACACUGCUUUGCACUUGGCAGCUCAAAGCGGUUGUGAGGAGGUUGUAAAAUUAUUGCUAGAAUUUGGUGCCGAAGUUGAUUCUAAAACAAAUUAUGACUAUUAUACACCACUUCAUCUUUCUGCUAACAAAGGACAUACAAAAAUUUGUAAAAUUCUUUUAAUUAAAGGAGCUGAUGUGAAUGCUAAGCAGAAGAAUUCAGAAACCGCAUUGCACAUUGCAAGUCGAAAUGAUUAUACAGAAAUUAUAAAAUUAUUAUUAGAAUUUGGUGCCGAUGUUGAUUCUAAAACAAAUAAUUAUGCUAAGACACCACUUCAUCUUUGUGCUAAAAUGGGAAACAAGGAAAUUUGUGAAAUUCUUUUGAAUAGAGGAGCAGAUGUAAACGCAAAGGAUAGGGAAUCAUGCACUGCUUUGUACUUAGCAGUUCAAAACGGUUUUGAAGAGGUUAUAAAGUUAUUGCUAGCAUUUGGUGCAGAAGUUGAUUCUAAAAAUAAUUAUGCCAAAGAAACAGCACUUUACCUUUGUUCUAAAAUAGGAAACAAAGAAAUCUGUAAAAUUCUUUUGAAUAAAGGAGCUGAUGUAAAUGGAGUAAAUAAGUCUCAAGAAACCGCUUUGCAUAUUGCAGCUCAAAAGGGACAUGAAGUAACUGUUCAACUAUUGCUAGAAUUUGGUGCCGAGGUUGAUUGUACAGAUAAUGAAGGCUACACACCAUUUCAUCUUUCUGCUGCCGGAAAAAAUAAGAAAAUCUGUGAAAUGCUUUUGAAUAAAGGAGCAAAUAUAAAUGCUAAAAAAAAUAAUUCAGUGACCGCAUUGCACAGUGCAUCUGAAAAUGCUUCUGAAGAGUUUGUAAGAAUGCUGUUAGAAUUUGGUGCUGAAGUUGAUUCUAAAUCUGAUGAUGGGCGUACACCACUUCAUUUUUCUGCUAAAGGAAUAAGAAAAGAAAACUGUGAACUACUUUUAAAUAAAGGAGCAAAUGUGAAUGCUAAGCAAAAGGAUUCAAAAACCGCUUUCCACAUUGCAAUUGAGUAUCAAAGAGUAAAUAUAGUAACAGUGUUGCUAAAAUUUGGUGCCGAAGUUAAUUCUGAAAUACCCGGACUAGGAAUGACACCACUUUUUUUAUCUACUUGUAGAAAAAAUAAAGAAAUGUGCAAAAUUCUCUUGAAUAAUGGAGCUGAUGUAAAUGUUAUGCAAAGUAGGCGUUCAUCAUAUACAGCAUUGCACAUUGCUGCAGAAAAUGGUUUUAAAGAUAUUGUGAACAUAUUGCUAAAGUUUGGAGCCAAAGUUAAUUUGAAAACAAACGAUGGUGAGAAGACACCUCUUCAUGUGGCUGCUAAAGAGGGAAGAAAAGCAUUUUGUAGAAUUCUUUUAAGUAGAAGAGCUGAUGUAAAUGCUGAGGAUACGAAUUCAUACACCGCAUUGCAUUUUGCAACUAAAUAUGAUCAUCAAGAGGUUGUAAAAUUAUUGCUAGAUUUUGGCGCCACAGUUAAUUCUAAAACUGUUGAUGGCGUGACACCACUUCAUCUUUCUGCUGAAUCAAAAAGUAAAGAAAUCUGUCAGAUACUUUUGAAUAAUGGCGCUGAUGUAAAUGCUAAGGAUAAGAAUUCAUACACCGCAUUGCAUAUUGCAACUAAACAUAAUGAUCAAGAGAUUGUAAAAAUAUUGCUAGAUUGGGACGCUAAAGUUAAUUCUGAAGCUGACGAUGGCGAAACACCUCUUCAUCUUUCAUCGAAGCUUGAAAUUUGUAAAAUGCUUUUAAAUAAAGGAGCAUCAGUGAAUGCUAGAAAAAAGAAUUCAGAAACCGCAUUGAAAAUUGCAAUUAAAGCACGGAAUAAUGAAGUCAUACGAAUAUUGCUAAACAACGGUGCCGAAUUUGAUUAUAAAUCUGAUUGCACCAAACUAUUUCAUAUUUUUGCUGAUAUUGGAGACGAAGAAAUCUGUAAAUUGUUUUUAAAUAAAGGAGUUGAUGUAAAUGCUAAGCUAGAUAAGUAUCAAAGAACCGCCUUGCACAUUGUAGUUGAAAAAAAAUUUAAAGAGUUGGUUAAAAUAUUGCUAGAAUUUGGUGCCGAAGUUGAUUGUACAGAUAAUGAAGGCUACACACCACUUCAUUUUUCUGCUCGAAAUAAAAAUUUAGAAAUCUGUAAAAUGCUUUUGAAUAAAGGAGCUGACGUAAAUGCAAUAAAUGAUAAAAAAGGCACUGCCUUACUCUAUGCAGUUCAUCGUGAUCAUGAAGAGAUAGUAAAAAUAUUGCUUGAAUUUGGUGCCAAGAUUGAGUUUAAUCGUGAUGUACCUCAUAUUAUGUGGCAUGUUAUUAAAUGUCAUUUAAUUAAAAGAAAAACAGCAAAUUUAUUUGUAAGUGAAAAAAAUUUAUUAUUUUUGAGUAAAAAGUACAUGGGGUGUGAUUGUGAGAAAGAAUGUGUGGAAGAAGUAUUACGAUUGAAGCAUGAAAAGAUUAAUAAUACAAACAUUUCGUUCUUUGACAUAUUGAGUAAAGAUUACCUAUUAGCAUUGUACAUGAGAAAUGAGAAUGUAGUGGAGACUCUAAAAUCAUUGGAUUACGAAACAAAGUUUCCAAUUUACGGCAACAUGAUAAAAUGUAAUUUUAUAAUGUGUGUGAAAAGAAGAGAGUUACUAGACCAAUGUUACGAAAUUUUCCCUCUGUUAUGUAACAACUUUACCGAGUCACCACAAUGCUACACCGAAAAAAUACUUAGUUACUUGAGUAAUAAGGACUUAAGUAUUUUAAUUAAGGCUUGUCAGCCUAUUGACAUAAGUAAACUUAGUUUGAAGGAAUUGUAGAUAGGCGGAUCUGUUUUUUGUAAUCUAGAAAAUUACUACGCAAUUGCUCCUUCGAAGUUGUUUUUUUCUCCAUUUAUAUGAAUUUUUUGUUCUCUUUACACUUUUUUCUGAAAUUAAUGUUAAUUAAUAAAUUUAAAAACAUGAUAUAAAAUACAUGAAAAACUAAGUCAAUUAAAAAUUGAUAAUGAAGUUAAUGUAAGUUCUUUAUUCCUAAAGAAUAGGAAAUAAUAUUUAAGUUUUGUAUUUUUAUACUUAUACAUAAUCAGAAUUAAUAGUAAGUUAGCAUUGUAUUUG